AUGGCAGCAGCAACGGCGGAGAGCAGAAACGAGGGAGCCACAGAACGCUGGGAGCGCUGGGCUCGACCCGACAGGAGCGCCCAGGACCCAAGGAAGGACCCUGCCCUGGAGCGCUACAGAGAAGCAGCAGAUGAUGGAGCCGAGGACUACUAUGAAGACCACAAGUCAGUUCCUGGACGAUCUGAUGAGCCCAGGGAGCGUGAAGAGGCCGAGGGGGAGGAGCUCACCUCAUCACCAUUCAGGUAG